AUGUUAUCCAAUGUAAUUAGACGGGCGAAAACUGUCAAAAAUACCGUUCCUAUUUUGAGCACGGUCCGUGGCAAGGCAGCCUAUGAGGGUGAAGGCAAAACAGUAGUAAAGGUGAUCAACCAGGAUUAUGAUCUGGGACUUAUGAUUGACUCUUAUGCCACAUAUGGCUUCAAGUUAAACAACGGCCUGACGGUUCUCGGCCCCAUGGCCAUAUUUCCAAGGACGGUGCUGUCGUGGCAGGUUGACGGCGCGGAGAACAUCACCGAGGAGACGCUCUCUUUGUUCAAGCUGCUGGAGCCCAAGGUCGACUUGCUGGUGUUGGGCUUAGACUCGAAGGAGCUUCCAGUAUUGAACAAAGUGUUCCGCGUGACGAAGAACGCAGGUCUCAACGCGGAGAUUCUGGCUACCGAACACGCCUGUUCUACGUUUAACUUCCUCAACGCGGAAGGAAGGGCGGUGGCGGCGGCCCUGCUCCCUCCCCUCACCAUCACCAACAUGUCGGAGGACGACAUGUUGGCCCACAAGCUUCACUACCACGACGUGUUCAAUGCUUCCAAGAAUUAA